AUCCUCCUCCACCACACGGGGAGCAAACAAAGAAACCAAAGUCCAAUGUCCAUCUUUAACAGAAUGGCCAUUUCUUCUUCCCUCUUCUCUGUCUCCCUUCUCUUAUCUAAACCCAAUUCACUUCCACUUUCAAACCCCUCUCUCAAAAACUUCAUUUCCGGUUCCAAAUUCCAAAUCCAACCCACAAAUUUUAAUGCUGCUGUUUUUCACCGGAAAAAAAAUAGUGUCUCAUUUUCAACUGCUGUAGCUACUACAACUCCGGCCGAGUCAGCUCUCGGUGUUCCAAAUGACAUUACAGAUGACACCCAGAACACUGUGCUUCCUACUAAUGAAUCGUCUGAGCAACUUCUUAGAAUUCGCCACACGUGUGCACAUGUAAUGGCUAUGGCUGUUCAAAAGCUUUUUCCGGAAGCAAAAGUGACAAUUGGACCUUGGAUAGAUAAUGGAUUCUAUUACGACUUUGAUAUGGAGCCUUUGACUGAUAAGGAUCUCAAGAGGAUUAAGAAGGAGAUGGAUCGCAUCAUUGGUCGAAAUUUACCACUUGUUAGAGAAGAGGUCUCUAGAGAUGAGGCUCAAAGGAGAAUAAUGGCUAUUAAUGAACCUUACAAGAUGGAACUUUUGGAUAGCAUAAAAGAAGAUCCCAUCACUAUCUACCAUAUUGGUGAUGAAUGGUGGGACCUUUGUGCUGGGCCUCAUGUUGAAACUACUGGAAAAAUUAUGAGGAAAGCUGUUGAACUUGAAUCUGUCGCUGGUGCUUACUGGAGAGGAGAUGAAAAAAGACCAAUGCUGCAGAGGAUAUACGGAACAGCUUGGGAGAAUGAAAAUCAACUAAAAGCCUAUCUUCACUUCAAAGAGGAGGCUAAAAGACGUGACCAUCGGCGCAUUGGCCAAGAUCUCGAUCUCUUCUCCAUACAGGAUGAAGCUGGUGGAGGCUUAGUUUUCUGGCAUCCAAAGGGUGCCAUUGUUAGGCACAUUAUAGAAGACUCAUGGAAGAAAAUACAUAUAGAACACGAUUAUGAUUUGUUAUAUACGCCUCAUGUCGCAAAGGCUGAUCUCUGGAAGAUCAGUGGUCAUUUGGACUUCUACAGGGAGAAUAUGUAUGAUCAGAUGACGAUCGAGGAUGAAAAUUAUCAACUUCGACCUAUGAAUUGCCCUUACCACAUUUUGGUGUAUAAAAGAAAGCUUAAUUCCUACCGCGAUUUUCCCAUCAGGGUGGCAGAGCUAGGAACAGUAUACAGAUACGAGUUGUCCGGAAGCUUACACGGCCUUUUCCGUGUAAGAGGUUUUACCCAGGAUGAUGCACACAUAUUUUGUUUGGAAGAUCAAAUCAAAGAUGAAAUCAGAGGGGUCUUAGAUCUCACAGAAAAGAUACUUUUACAAUUUGGUUUCAGCAAAUAUGAAGUAAAUCUCUCAACUAGGCCAGAUAAAUCUGUCGGUGAUGACGAUAUAUGGGAAAAAGCGACAGCGGCCUUGAAAGACGCUUUGGAUGAUAAGGGCUGGAGUUAUCAAAUUGAUGACGGCGGUGGUGCCUUUUACGGUCCAAAGAUUGAUCUAAAGAUUGAGGAUGCUCUUGGAAGGAAGUGGCAAUGUUCAACUAUUCAGGUUGAUUUCAAUUUGCCUCAGAGGUUUGACAUUACUUAUGUUGAUUCGAACUCAGAGAAGAAGCGGCCUAUAAUGAUCCAUAGAGCAGUGCUUGGAUCCAUUGAGCGAUUUUUUGGAGUUUUGAUUGAGCAUUAUGCUGGGGAUUUUCCCUUGUGGCUCUCUCCAAUCCAAGUUCGAGUUUUGCCGGUUACAGACACACAGUUUGAAUACUGCAAAGAGGUGACCAGAAAACUGAAAGAGAAUGGUUUUCGAGCUGAAUUUUUGCAUGGUGAGCGUCUGCCGAAGCUCAUUAGAAAUGCAGAGAAGCAAAAAAUUCCCUUGAUGGCAGUAGUGGGACCCAAGGAGGUCGAGACGCAAAGUAUCACAAUCAGGUCGAGGUUCAGUGGGGAGCUUGGGACCAUGAGAGUUGAUGAUUUUAUCGGCAGAAUGAAGUCCGCUGUGGAAAAAAGAAUCUCAUUGUGAAGUUGAUAUAGGUUCAAAAGCUGGAGGUGAAGUUGGUCCAGCUCUAAUGGAAUUUAUAAAUUGUAACGAAUGCCUAAAAGAAACGCAAAACUUGUUAUAUAUGUACAUACAUUUUUGUAUAUAUACAUAAGGGAUCAUGUGAGGAGUUUGGCUCAUUGUAUUUUAAUCUAAGGAACUCCACCUAUAUACGACCCUUAAACAUAAAUAGAUGUAUUCUUCUUUAGAACCUGUUCGUGUAAGCUGCUUCCCUCUGACAGACUGGAAAAAAAACUCAGUAUAUCUAGCGGUAAGAGCUGAGCUAGCUGCUGCAAAUGAUUGAUGCUUAUGGAGUGACAUGCUAGUGCAAUUCUUGUUGUAAUAGAGCAUAUUCUUUCUUUCUUUAUGUUUAUGUUAUGAAUAACUAUAUACCGCAAUAGUUUUGUA